AGAGAGAGGCUGGCAGUUUCCGGGAGCCAGCUCUGCAGCCACUGGCUCUCCUGUCCCUGCCCGAGCAUCACGAUGGAUCUCAGAAAUACCCCAGCCAGAAAUCUGGACAAGUUCAUCGAAGACUACCUCCUGCCAGACACGCAAUUCCGCAGGCAGGUCCGAGAAGCCAUCGACAUUAUCUGCAGUUUCCUGAAGGAGAGGUGUUUCCGAGAUGCCCCCCACGCAGUACGGGUGUCGAAAGUGGUGAAGGGUGGCUCCUCAGGGAAAGGCACGACCCUCAGAGGCCGAUCUGCUGCUGAUCUCGUGGUCUUCAUUGACUACCUCACAAGUUUGCAGGAGCAGUUUGAGCGCCGAGGAGAGUUCAUCCAGGAAAUUAGGAGGCAGCUGGAAGCCUGUCAAAGAGAGGAAACAUUUGACGUGGAGUUUGAGGUCCAGAAGCAGCUGUGGGAGAGGCCCCGCGCACUCAGCUUCGUGCUCAGGUCCCGCCGGCUCAACGAGGGGGUGGAAUUUGAUGUACUGCCUGCCUUUGAUAUCCUAGGUCAGGUGACCGCAGGCUACAGACCUGACCCCGAAAUCUACGUCCAGCUCAUCAAAGAGUGCGAGCAGCUGGGGAAAGAGGGCGAGUUCUCCCCCUGCUUCACGGAGCUGCAGCGAGCCUUCCUGAGGCAGCGUCCAGCCAAGCUUAAGAGCCUCAUCCGCCUGGUCAAGCACUGGUACCAAAAGUGUAAGGAGAAUCGUGGGAAGCCACUGCCACCACAGUAUGCCCUGGAGCUCCUGACAGUCUACGCUUGGGAGCAAGGAAGUGGGCAAACAGAAUUCAACACGGCUCAGGGAUUUCAGACCGUCUUGGAGUUAGUCCUGAAGCACCAGCAGCUAUGCAUCUAUUGGACAAAGUACUACGACUUUGACAACCCUGUUAUUAAAGAAUACCUGCGCAGGCAGCUCAGGAAACCCAGGCCUGUGAUUCUGGACCCGGCUGACCCUACAGGAAACGUUGGUGGUGGAAACCCAUCUGGCUGGCUGCGGCUGGCACAAGAGGCUAGAGCCUGGCUGGAUUCCGCGUGCUUUAAGAAAGGGGAUGGGUCUCCAGUAGGCUCCUGGAAUGUGCCGCCUGAGGAAGACCGCAAGGACAACGGGUUGACCUGGGCUGAGAGUGCACAUCACCUGUAUGAUGACAGCUGGCGCCACGAGUUCUAUCAGAACUCAUUCCAGACAGCACCCACUCCCCAGACAGAAGAGAGCUGGACGUGCACCAUCCUCUGAACGCCAGUGCAUCUUAGGGGAAAGAGUUCCAGAGGCGUCUGGGCCAGUGCCCUCACUUGCAGGGGUGGGGCCUUCAUCGGCAGUGAUUCGUUUCAGUCCCAGGACCAGAAUCCAUGUCUCCUGAUCCCCCUUCCUGCUAUUCCGUGCUUUCUCACCUUCCAUAGAGAGCAUUCCCCACCACCCCCGCCCCGCCACAGCCUAUUCUGUGACAAUCUUCUCUGAGAGACAACAGGACAGAUUUAGACAAAAGACUGAACCCCAGCCUUGACUUCCUUCUGUGUACCUGGUGGGAGGGUUAUGGUCCAAUUUAUUAUCAAUAACAAUAAAAAUAAUAGCA